UUUAAAUGCUGGAGACCUCGGAGGAGCGGGCAGCAGCAUAACUGAGGCAGCUCCUCGCCAUGCUGCCCCCUCUCUAACCCGCUGGACCCCCAGACCAGCGCCAUGGAAAGCCUGCAGCUGCCAGAACCCCAGAAAGAGCUGAUCCGGGACACCUGGCGAAUAGUCGGCCAGGAGCAGAUCCAUCACGGCACCGUCCUCUUCACCAGGCUCUUCCAGCUGGAGCCGGAGCUGCUGUUCCUCUUCCACUACAAUUCCGCUCAUUUCUCCAGUGUCCAGGAAUGUCUGAGCUCGUCCGAAUUCACAGAACACAUCCGCAAAGUGAUGACGGUCAUUGACGCUGCGGUGCGGAGCCUGGAUUCGCUGCCCUCGCUGGAGGACUACCUGACCAGUCUGGGGAGGAAGCAUCGCGCCACCGGGGUCAAACUGGAGUCCUUUAAGAUGGUGGGGGAGGCCCUGCUCUACGCCCUGGAGUCCGGACUGGGGGCCACAUUCACAUCGGACGCUCGCGCUGCCUGGAGCCAGCUCUACGCCAUUGUGGUGAGCGCCAUGAGCCGCGGCUGGUGGAGGGACCCCUAGGAACCGUGACCACGCCGGGCCGGACACGUGGAUUGUUCUGUCUUGUGCUAAUAAACUGGAUUAUACCAGGCUGAGAUGUGGCCCCUGUAAGGAUUAGGGCCACACAUCUGUCCCACCCCGGGCCCCCCGCACACACUUUGAUUUGGUAACAAUGGAAGGACCGACACAAUUUCAUUGGCUCAUUUCUUUACCUCCCCCUGUGGCCCCGAUAUUCAGCGGCCCCUGAGAAGUCGGUUCAAAGACCCAAAAUGUCAUCAACAAUAAGAGAAAAUGAAGAAUUAAGACAAAUAAGCCGAUAACAGAGAGAGAGCGCACGUCAGUCAGGAACGGCAGCCGACCACCGACCAUCACAUCCUGAGGGAUGGCGGUACAUUAAGGGGCCCUCCGACCCCGGCGGCUACAUGUGCGCGCGGCGGCUGUGUUGGGCCAAUGUUCCAAUUUGGCCGCAUUGCUGAGAAAAUUUUCAAGUUUUAAGAUAUGCAAAUAAGCCUCUAGGAGCAACGGGGGCGUUACCAUUACACCUAUAGGCUCCGCCCCUUCUGCACUUUGAUAGAACCAGGUGUGAUGAGGUCUUCACUGCCUGGACCUGCCAAUCACAGUGGAGGCUUUAGGUGUAACGGCAACGUCCCUGUUGCUACGAGGGGCUUAUUUGCAUACGCGGCCACAUAGGAAGACGGCACCAACACAGAUGCCGCCGCCCCGCGCACAUGUGACCGAUCCGCCAGGGAUCUGCGGACAGGGGCCCUUUAUUGCCCCCUGGAGACAUAUGGUGGGGGCUUUAGAGUAGGGACCCCCCAUUCCUUCACCCAGUCCGCACUGGAGGCAGCAGGACCCGACGCUCCCAUCACGUCACAUCCUCCAUCCUAGAGCAUCAGGUCCUGCUACCUCCGAUGCGCACUGAGUGGUGGCCCCCAGCCGUCCAUGGACCCGGUCUCCUGGCAUUAGACGGGGCACGCCGGAAAAACAUAGGACGUCCUAUUCAGACUCCCACAUGUGUACACCACAACCUGCUCCACCUGCACACCCCACAUGUGUACACCGCAACCUGCUCCACCUGCACACCCCACAUGUGUACACCGCAACCUGCUCCACCAGCACACCCCACACGUGUACACCGCAACCUGCUCCACCAGCACACCCCACACGUGUACACCGCAACCUGCUCCACCAGCACACCCCACAUGUGUACACCGCAA